GUUUGCAAUUAUUGCGUACAGUGGAGACAGCAGCUUGCAAGUGAAGCAAUUGUUGAUUGCAAGUUUGAUGCUCUGCCAGAUUGAUUGUGAUAGUUGAAAAUCAGACAACAUUUCAAUCACUUAUUCAACCAAUUCUCACUGCAUCUCAGGAAAAUAAUUCAGGAAAAUCCCAAGAUGUCAAGUGUUCAAAUCAUCCCAAUGCCCUUCACUCAAGAGAGUCCACUCACCCACAGCUCAGCUUCUGAUAGCGCCUCACUGAGCAGCUGUGACUCCGACCAUGGCUACGUAACACCAGUCGAUACUUUUGCAGAUGACGAACAUUUUGGAGAAAAAGUUGUAAAACAGAGAAACCCUGUAGCAGACAACAGUGGACUUGUGAUAAUAGAGCCAGAGCUCAAAGAUAAGAUUAUCCAACAAGUCGAAUGGUAUUUUAGCGAUGAAAAUCUCCUGAAAGAUUCGUUUCUGAUGAAGCAUAUCAAUAGGAACAAGUUAGGUUAUGUUAGCCUCAAGCUAGUCGCAUCACUUAGGAAGGUGAAAGCACUCAGCAAGGAUUGGCAGGUCGUACUGCAAAGUAUGAGAGAAUCAACUAUUCUUGCACUUAACGAAGAAGGCACCAAAGUUCGCAGGUUGGCAGCAGCACCACAGGUAGACUACACUCACGUCGACAGAACAAUCUUAGUGACAAACUAUCCUUCAAACGAACCAACUAUCCAAGAGAUCGAACGGCACUUCAGCAAACACGGAGAGGUAGCCCUUGUCCGCAUUAUUCACCCGGGCCGAGCUAUUCCACUAGAUGUGAAGCCGUGCCGAGCAAACCAUCCUGAACUGAGCAAGGAAGUGUGCAUUCUGGUAGAGUUUGAGAGUCAGGAAGGAGCCAGGAAAGCUUGCAAAAAGUAUGUCAGUCAGCAGAGCUGGAGAGACGAAAUCAAGGUCCAAUUAUUGGGCUCCAAAGUGACCAAGAAGGACAAGCCCUCAGGGGACCAAGAAGUGAAGGAAAGCAAGCGUAAACGAAAGAUUGCCAACAGUGAUUCUCCUAAAACGUGGGUGAGAGAUGAGUCAAACAGUACCACUACUGACUCCCCCAGAAACUCCAGAGAAGGGUCCCCCUCCCCCUCAAAGCAAAUAUCUUGGCGCAAGACCUCACCUCUCACUCCCCAGCCAGAUAGCCAUCGAUUGCACCAGUCUAAAGACAAACCAAGAACAUACCUCCAUCCUGAUACAACCAACGAGUAUGCAUCAGACUCUGGCUAUUCUAGAGCCUCCAGUGAGAGCCCAAAGAACAGUCCUGAGCCGGUCAAGCGACGAUUUUUUUCUAGUGAUCCCACUCCAUCGUGGAGAAGAACGGACAAACGUGUCAAUCUCAGAGACUCUGUAAUUAGAGAUCCCAUUGGACCAGACGGCAGCAAGGGCUUCAGGGCACGCACAGGACUAGUUAACAUUUCAAUACAGACCUGCUAGUUUGCAUUGAUGUAUUUAUGUGUGCAUUCAGUUAUGUUAUGUUAUUAGCCAAUCUUUCAUAUUGAUUUGAUCACCACUUGA